AUGGCCGCCACCAUUGCCGAGUCUCGGCACGCGGCAGGUCUCCAGACAGAUGUUGUCGCCGACACAGAGGCUGGCGCCACCGGAACGGCGACCCGGCCAGAGGGGGAUGCGGCGGCGGCGGUCGAGUACGAUGUUGCGCGGGUCGAAAAGGUGUACCGCAAGAUCGACAUGCGCAUCAUCCCUGCGUUCUGGGUGCUGUACUUUCUGUGCUCGGCGAUCCGGUCCAACAUUGGGCUGGCGCAGACGAUGAACGCCAACGUGGGCCACGAUCUCAUGUCGGUCAUGCACCUAAGCGCGCAGGACGUCUCGACCGCGCUCGCCCUCUUCUAUGUCGCCUACGUCCUCUUCGACCUACCCUCGAACCUCGUCAUGGCCAAGCUCAGCCCUCGCGCCUGGAUGGCCCGCAUCGUCUUCGCCGUCGGCGUCGUCGGCGCCUGCUUCGCCGCCGUCAAGGACCCCUGGAGCGUCAAGCUCCUCCGCUUCAUCCUCGGCGUCGUCAUUGCCGGCAUGUGGCCUGGCAUGUCGUACUAUCUAACCCUCUUCUACCCGCCCUCGCGUACCGGGAAGCGCAUCGGCUACUACUUCACUGCCGCCCAGGUCUCGGCGGCGGCCGUCGGUCUCGUCUCGGCGGGGUUCCAGCUCAUGGACGGCCUGGGCGGGCUCGUCGGGUUCCAGUGGAUGUUCCUGCUGUACGGCCUAGUCGCCAUCGUUCUCGGUGUCGUCUUGCUGUGGUGGCUCCCGGACAGACCGCUUCCGCCGGGCGAGAAGAGAGUGCGGACGGGCCUGUUCAAGUUCCUCCCACCAACACCCGAGGUCCUCACGGGCGAGGACGCCGCCAUCCACUACGCCGACCUGAGGCGCGUAUAUCACCCGAGACCCUGGAACAUGCGCGAUCUGGGCCGCGUACUCGCAGACUGGCGGCUGUGGCCCCUGACGCUCAUGUACUUUGGCGUUGUCGGCGUCGGCAUCGGAACCCAGCUCUAUGGCACCGUCAUCAUCUCGUCCAUCAAUCCCAAUUUCACCGGCGUCCAGCUCAGCCUUCUCUUCGCUCCGAUCUGGAUCAUGGACCUGAUUGCCAUCCUCCUCGUCACUCCGAUCGCCGACCGCUUCCACCAGUACCGGCCUUUCUUCUUCUCGGCUGCCGUCUGCAUCCAGAUUGCUGGUCUUUUGGUGGUGACCUUCGCCCCGACCUCGAACCCUUGGGCCAGAUAUGGCGGCCUUCUCAUGGUCGGCUUUGGCCUGGGCCCAACGGUCCCUACCUGCAUGGUCUGGUCCAACGAGAUCUUCCAGCGGCGCCACGGCGAGGUGGGCGUGGCUGCCGCCUCUGCUCUGGUAUCUGGCCUGGGCAACCUUGGGAGCAUCACGACUACUUAUGCUCUGUAUCGGGGAUGGCCCGCGGACUCUGCCCCUGGUCCGUACCAGUAUCGCAAGAGCAACUAUGUCAUGAUCGGGAUCCUGGCCGUCAGCAUCUUGAGUAGCUUCGUCAUGUGGAUUGCGCUCCGCAUCUUCGGGAACGAGCCGAGCCGCAAGACUGCCACCAAUAACAACGACGGAUUCGACAGCGACGAGUUCCAGGACGGCGCGGCUCGCCGUGAGCGUGAGCAGCGUGGGUUCAGUGGGAUGUGGUGGAACAAGCGGUCGUAA